UCUCUCUCUCUCUCUCUCUCCUCUCUUCCACAAUCCAAACUCUCUUCAGUCAUCUUGUACUCUCUCUCUCUCUCUCUCUCUCUCUCUCUCUAUAAAAGCAAAUCCACCAAGCUAAACUAUUCCUCUCACACCUUUUCAACCAUGGCUGACCCUUACUCAAAUUUCUUCACUGGUUGGUUCAAGAUCAAUAAUAACCCUCUUUAUCACCAAUACCCAUCUCUGAAUCCAACACCAGCGAGUACUAAUCCACAACUUUCCUAUACAAAUCCCUUUACCACCAACCAAAUUCAGACUCCUUAUUUUCACUGUCAAAACCGACCUCCUUCUCCUCCUCUCAGAGAAGCCCUACCCCUCUUGAGGUUAAGUCCAGAAAGGGAUGCUGAGAAAGACCAAGAACAAGAAGAUGAAGAUGAAGAUCAAGAACAAAUAAGUUGCACUGCUAUGGAUGUGGACAAAAUCAACAAUAAUAAGGCCAAAGUAGAUCAUGGGAGCUUUUUUUCUUCUAAUGCUGAUGCUGGUGCUACCAAUGAAGAUGAGACUGUUACUGUUGCACUGCAUAUAGGCUUGCCAAGCCCUAGUGCUGCAGAGAUGGCCUCUGUGUUGUCUUCUUCCUCGGAGGUCACUGACAAAGAUGGAGAUGGUGAUGAUUCUGGGUUCCCCUUUAGCAGGCUCAAUAAGGGUCAGUAUUGGAUCCCUACCCCUACCCAGAUUCUGAUUGGUCCUACUCAGUUCUCAUGUCCUGUUUGCUGCAAAACCUUCAAUAGAUACAACAACAUGCAGAUGCAUAUGUGGGGGCAUGGAUCUCAGUACAGAAAAGGGCCUGAAUCUCUCAGAGGAACUCAACCCACGGGAAUGCUUAGGCUUCCUUGUUAUUGCUGUGCUCCUGGGUGCAGGAACAAUAUUGAUCACCCUAGAGCCAAGCCACUUAAAGAUUUUAGAACCCUUCAAACACAUUACAGGAGAAAGCAUGGAAUUAAGCCUUUCAUGUGUAGGAAAUGCAGUAAGGCUUUCGCAGUGAGGGGAGAUUGGAGAACCCAUGAGAAGAACUGUGGGAAGCUUUGGUAUUGUAUUUGUGGAUCUGAUUUUAAGCACAAGAGAUCACUUAAAGACCACAUUAAGGCUUUUGGGAAUGGCCAUGCGGCCUAUGGCAUAGAUGGAUUUGAAGAAGAAGAUGAACCUGCAUCUGAAGUAGAACAAGAUAAUGAAUCCAUGCAGUGAAGUAGAAGAUCGAUCAUUACUGGAUUAUCUUAAUUUAAUGAGCUUAUAUCAGAUUCACAUAAAGCCCAGGCUUUUGAAGUAAGAACUGUAUAAGCAUCCAUAUUUACUUGGAAAGCCACCUCUAUUUCUUUCUUUCUUUAGCCUUCUAUGUUCUUUCCCUUUUCCUUGUUAGCGCUGUAGGAUCCUAAAAACAAAUCGAUCAUCAGGUAAGGUAAGUUCUGUAUAUCCAUUUUCUUUUCUAUUGUUUAUGGCUUAUCCUUUGUUUUCUUUUCUUGUUA